CGCUAUUAAUACCACAUGAGAAGAGAGGCGGGCCGCGACAUCUUCCUCUUCUUCUUGUGCUUGCACAACUCAGGGGAGGAGGAAAGGAGAAAGAUGGACGGGCAAGAGAAGAAGAUGAAGGUUCUCUGCCUCCAUGGCUUUCGAACCAGUGGGAGCUUCUUGCGCAAACAAAUCAGCAAGUGGGAUCCUUCCAUUUUCCACCACUUCCACUUGGACUUUCCGGAUGGUAUAUAUCCAGCAGGAGGGAAGUCGGACAUAGAAGGCAUAUUUCCACCACCAUACUUUGAGUGGUUCCAAUUCAACAAGGAAUUUACAGAAUACAAGAAUUUCGAGGAGUGUAUCUCUUAUCUGUGUGACUACAUCACAAAGAAUGGCCCUUUCCAUGGAUUGCUUGGCUUCUCUCAGGGUGCAACACUAUCAGCACUUUUGAUAGGCUAUCAAGCUCAGGGAAAGGUACUGAAGGACCACCCACCAAUAAAAUUUUUGGUUUCAAUAUCAGGUAGCAAGUUCAGAGACCCAAGCAUAUGUGACAUUGCUUACAAGGACCCCAUCAAGGUGAAAUCUGUGCACUUUAUUGGAGAGAAAGAUUGGCUGAAACUGCCUUCUGAGGAGCUUGCUGCGGCCUUUGACAACCCUUUGAUUCUGAGGCAUCCCCAGGGCCACACUGUCCCUAGACUCGAUGAGGCAGCUGCGAAACAGCUAUCGGAAUGGACUGCAAGCAUUACCAGAAGUGAAUUCGCUUGCGGUACUUCUGUUCCGAAGAAUGUUGAAUGUGAAAUGAACAACAUCAAGCAUGAAGCGAUAGCUGAUCCAAAAUGCAUCGAAGCUCCGAGUGCAGCUUAGGUUUCACCACAUGAACCGGUAAGUAAAAUAAAGAAAAGAACAUGGUAUGACAUCCAACUGUUGUUUCUUUCUUUGAACAGCUACAUGAACUUUGUAAUCCUUCCACAUGAUGCAUUUUGCUGAAUCCAGAGUUCCCUUAUCAGUCACAGAACACUACUCAAUGAAUGUUAUAUUCACAAAUGUCGAUCGCAUAUAUUUCCCAUCUGUUGUUGUUUCUUACACACAUUAUCAGGAUUUAAUCUUUCUUUCAUUUCAGUCAUUA